GCACGAACUUGCUCUGUAUCAGGAAGCGCAUUGUCUGCCUCGCGUAUAGCCAGGCUGCAUUUGUUUCUCCUGCCUGCAAAUUACCGGCAACUGGAUACGCCAGAUGAAGCCUACCGGACAGCACACUUUACUUCUGCUACUCAUCUGUGUCUCCGUGAAAGGUGGCUUGGGAUCCAAAGGUGAAGACCGUUUGUUUAGGAAACUGUUUCGCCGCUACAAUCAGUUCAUCAGACCGGUAGAGAAUGUUUCUGAUCCCGUAACGGUUGAGUUUGAAGUAUCCAUUUCCCAGCUGGUGAAAGUGGAUGAAGUAAAUCAGAUAAUGGAGACCAACCUUUGGUUAAGGCAUAUAUGGAAUGACUACAAGUUGAGGUGGAAUCCAGUUGAAUUUGACGGCAUUGAGUUCAUACGAGUUCCUUCCAAUAAGAUAUGGAGGCCUGACAUUGUACUUUAUAACAAUGCUGUUGGUGACUUUCUCGUUGAAGACAAAACCAAAGCUUUGUUGAAAUAUGACGGCACGGUGACUUGGAUUCCACCUGCUAUUUUCAAAAGCUCUUGUCCGAUGGACAUCACUUAUUUUCCAUUUGACUAUCAAAACUGCUCGAUGAAAUUUGGCUCCUGGACUUACGAUAAGGCUAAAAUAGACCUUGUGCUAAUUGGCUCCAAAGUAAACCUGAAAGAUUUUUGGGAGAGUGGUGAAUGGGAAAUCAUAGAUGCUCCGGGGUAUAAGCACGAUAUCAAGUACAACUGCUGUGAGGAAAUCUAUCCAGACAUCACCUACUCCUUUUACAUCAGAAGACUUCCACUUUUCUAUACCAUAAAUCUUAUUAUCCCCUGCCUGCUGAUCUCGUUUCUAACAGUUCUCGUGUUUUACCUCCCUUCUGACUGUGGAGAAAAAGUCACCCUGUGCAUCUCAGUGCUUUUGUCUUUGACUGUGUUUUUGCUUGUGAUCACCGAGACCAUUCCCUCCACCUCUUUGGUGAUCCCACUUAUUGGCGAAUAUCUUCUGUUCACAAUGAUAUUUGUGACACUUUCAAUUGUAAUAACCGUGUUUGUUUUGAACGUUCACUACAGGACACCAAUGACCCAUACCAUGCCGGAAUGGGUCAGGUCUGUCUUUCUCUGUAUCUUGCCCCGAAUUAUGCUGAUGAGAAGGCCUAUGGACCAGCCACCAAUGAAGUCCAGCAAUAAGAAGCGAAAAAACAGCAUGUCUCAUUCGGGAUCCAAGAAUUGCAUGGAGUUUGGAGAAAGUAAGCUAUCGACCGAGCAGAAGAAGUGUCCGUGUCAGCAUUCCAAGGAGCACACAGAACCCGAUUCCAGCAAGCUGAGCAGACAGCUGAAUCCACAACCUCUUAAUACGGUGGUCGCAUUCUCCGUUGUCUCCCCAGAAAUCAAACAGGCUAUUGAAAGUGUGAAAUACAUAGCGGAAAACAUGCGGAGCCAGAAUAAAGCAAAAGAGGUUGAAGACGACUGGAAGUAUGUGGCCAUGGUGAUCGACCGGAUCUUUCUCUGGGUGUUUGUAUUGGUUUGUCUUUUGGGAACUCUGGGAUUGUUUCUCCAGCCUCUGAUAGGCUUUCUGAGAUAAUAUGUCAAGUGUUGCACUUCCUCUUUAUUGAUACGCAUCUCCAUGACGCUUGAUGACAAGAGACUGCUGUGGAGAAAAGGGAUGAUUUUGAGAAAAUUAAAAAUAAGUCUCAUUCUCACUGGUGUUCAUGUAAACUCAAUGUCCAUCACUCUCUAAUUUGUUAGAAGUGUCUUUUAGAAAGAGUUGUAUUGUAAUGACUGCUCUGUAAAGCACACCCCGCAUUUACUUGAAUACAAAAAUGCACUUCCUAUACAA